CGUCGGUGCAAUCACCAUCCCAACUGCACCUACUCGACGCGCAGUCUCGAUCGCACUUUCUUGCUGCAGCUCAACCACAGGCCUCGAAGACCCACGCACAGCUUGCCAUCGUCAUGCCAGUUGUCAAGUCCAAGUCGUACUGCUACUACGAUGUCUUGCGUGUCCCUCGGUCGGCCUCGCAAGCCGAAAUUGUCAAGGCAUAUCGCAUGCUCGCGCUCAAGUAUCAUCCUGACAAGCUGCAGAAUCAGCCGAACGUCGACAUCCAAGCAGCCACAGAGUACUUUCAACUUAUCGUCAAAGCAUACAAUGUCCUUUCCGACUGCGAUAAGCGGUCUGGCUACGACGUCAACGGUCCCAAACUCAAGCCGAGCUACGACUUGGAAAUCAAGGCAAGCUUGGGAAAAUUGACACCGCUUUUGUCGUCAGCGUUUGUGGGUCUCGUUGGCGGCAUCGCCAUCACCCAAACCAGCGACUUGAGUCUUGUGUUUGCGUUCGAGCUGUUUUUCACGGCCUUGUGCGGAGCAGCAACCUGUUUACCCACCAAGGAUGCCCCAACGCCCACCAUGUCCACGUCUGACUUUGUUGUCGUGGGAGGAUUGGGCUUAGGUUUGGGCAACGUCAUUGGGUUCGUCGCCCUCCACUCGACUGUGUAUCUCGCAAAGCUGCUUGGCGUGUUGUAACUCCAACGAUUAUUCGUCCCUACAACCAGUGACUUCAUCGUGAUGGCCACUUCUCACGCUGCUGUUUCUCUGCUCGAUUUCGCCUGGCUAAAACUGCGACGCGGUCUGCGAAUGGGGUAUACUAUUUGUGACUGUCCCUCGACUGCUCCGCCCCUGAG